GUUAUUGUUAUUGUUGUUGUCGUGGCGGAAUUAUUGUUGCUGUGUGUUUAUAGAAUAGCAAAACGCAGUGAUUAUUCAAAAUUACUUUUGAACAUAUGUUGAGGCAUUGCCAAAAUUAGCAGUCUGCUGCCUGAGAGAGUGAUUUACUUCAUCACUGUGUAUGAGUGUGUAUGUGUUUGUGUUAUUUUUUUGAAGCUUGUUUCAGUGACGUCAGGCUUCCUAUUUGUAUAAUCCUUUGGCUGCGAGUUAGCUUGACUCAUUCUGUGGCGCCACCAUGGUGCGUUGGAGUGCACGUUCGCGUCGGGCGCGACAGGACCAGGUUGAGUUGCUUGCCAGCAACAACAGAAUGGGCGAGGAUGAUAACUCCGAUAACGCUGCUUUUCGCAAUUCAACUGAUCUUACGCACACAGAUGAUAUAUUUCUAAAGGGCCUAUUGCUGAGCAAUCCAACAACGCCUCACAAGGAACUUAUGCUAAAUCCAACCGAGCCGCAGCCCGUGCCCGCCUUUUUGCCAGCUCAUCUGAACAACAAGCCGAUCUGUGACGAUAUCAUACGCAAAUUCUCGCCCUCGAGACGUUUAGAGUCACGCGAACUAGCCAAGCUCUUGGCUCAACCACAUUUUCGUGCCUUGCUGCGUGCCCACGAUGAGAUAGGAUAUUUGUACGAGCAACGUUUCAAAAGUGCCGGCGGAUCUAUAACCAAACUCGAGGCGGCAAGUCAACGCCCCCCUGGCAACUAUCUUUAUACGGAAGACAUACUGAACAGCAAGAUGCCUGUGGAGACGAUCAAAAUGGUGGGACUGCGACGUGAUCCCAAGCAGCCGCUAGGAUUGACUGUCGAGCUGGAUGAGUUCAAGCAGCUGGUGGUGGCGCGCAUCCUGGCCGGCGGCGUCAUCGAUAAACAGGGCAUGCUCCAUGUGGGCGAUGUCAUACUGGAGGUGAAUGGCACUCCGGUGCGAACGCCCGACGAGCUGCAAGUGGAGGUCUCACGGGCCAAGGAGAAUCUCACGCUGAAAAUAGGACCGAAUGUUGAUGAGGAGAUCAGAAGCGGUCGCUAUACGGUCAGUGGGGGUCAGGUAAAACAGAAUGGCAUCACAAAUCUAGAAUCGGGCAAGAAACUAACGUGCUAUAUGCGCGCGCUUUUCUCAUAUAAUCCCUCGGAGGAUUCGUUGUUGCCCUGCAGGGAUCUUGGUUUGCCCUUCAAGUCAGGCGAUAUAUUGCAGAUCAUCAAUGUCAAGGAUCCCAAUUGGUGGCAAGCAAAGAAUAUAACUGCCGAAUCGGAUAAAAUUGGGCUGGUGCCCUCGCAGGAGCUCGAGGAGCGGCGCAAGGCAUUUGUUGCACCCGAGGCCGACUACGUGCACAAAAUUGGCAUCUGUGGCACAAGGAUUUCGAAGCGCAAGCGUAAGACUAUGUACCGUUCCGUGGCGAACUGUGAGUUCGACAAGGCUGAGCUGCUGCUCUAUGAGGAGGUAACACGCAUGCCUCCGUUCCGCAGGAAAACUUUGGUGCUAAUUGGCGUCUCCGGCGUGGGCAGACGCACGCUCAAGAAUCGGCUGAUCAACAGCGAUGUGGACAAAUUCGGAGCUGUCAUUCCACACACGAGUCGUCCGAAGCGCGCCUUGGAGGAGAAUGGCGUUAGCUAUUGGUUCAUGGACCGGGAGCAAAUGGAGGAGGCAAUCAAACAGAAUGAGUUUCUCGAAUAUGGCGAACACAAUGGCAAUCUCUAUGGCACGCAUUUGCAGUCGAUCAGAGAUGUGAUCAAUAGCGGCCGCAUGUGCAUAUUGGACUGUGCGCCAAAUGCAUUGAAGGUAUUGCACAACAGCCAGGAACUGAUGCCAUUCGUAAUAUUUAUCGCCGCGCCCGGCAUGGAGCAGUUGAAAACAAUCUAUGCGGAUCGUCGUGCCACCGGCUCCAAUAGAAAUCUCUCUUUUGAUCGUCAGAGCUCCAUACGCUUCAGCUCGAGGCGCGCACGUACCCUCGAAUCCCUCGCAUCGCUCUAUGAGGACGACGAUCUGAUUUCCACUGUGGAGGAGAGCAGCUUUGUCCAGCGCAAGUAUGGCAAAUACUUUGACAUGGUCAUCGUUAAUGAGGACUUCGAUGAGACCUUCCGUCAGGUGGUCGAGACCCUGGAGCAGAUGAGUCACGAAGAGCAAUGGGUGCCCGUCAACUGGAUCUACUAGAGCGCAGGGCAAAUCGAGAACGAACACUUCUAAUUCUAUACAGUGUCUAUCGAAUUCCAACAAAUAUAUUUAACAUAACUCUAUGUGUAUGCAAUAUUGUAUAAUUUUAAAAUGCCCUCCGCUUCUUUUAAUAUUGUUUUCCUUAAGCUUAAGUCUAAUGUUAUUGUAUGAAACGAAUUCGUCCAUUUGCAAAGCUGUUUAUAAUUUUAAUUAUGUUCUUCACUGCAUUUCAUAAGGUAUAAACGAAAGCUCCUUUGCUAUUUAGCUAU